UUGAUCAACUUUUUAUCAAUCAAUUUCAAGAUUUUACUCGAGUUCCCUGUGAGCGUUUUGUGCAAGCUUCCGUCGAAGGAUUUUUAGGAGUUUCAUGUGUCUCUUAUCAACUAGAGAUCCCGUUCAGUUGUGGUGAGCAUCAACUUAUAUCAAUUUUCCCUUUCUACAAGUUGAUAAUGUCCGAUUGGUUUCAUACACAAAUUUUCCUUUAUCACGGUUGAGAUUGUCCGAUUGAUUAUAUCCUAUAUUUUAAUUUUUUUCGAGUUCAAGAAAGGCGACAUGAAGAAAAUCAUAAAAAGAUCGUUGAAGCUCCUUACUAUGCUCAGAUCAAGUGGUAUAAAGAGUCAGGUUCAAACGCAACAGAGGAGAAGAAGUUUUCUUGAAGCUUCUUGGUCGACAUUCUUAAAGAUUUUGGAUGUGUCUCGAAGGUUCUGGGUCGUAUCUUGAAGGUCUUGGAGGAAUCUUGAAGUAUUCGAAGGAUCUUGGAGGGAUUCUUGUACUUUCUUGAUAAAAAUCUGUGGGGGGGGGGUUGAAGAAGGGAUUAAUUUUCUUGGAAGACAAGCAUGGACGACCUAGUGAAGCAACUUACUACACACAUGGAUGCGAUAUUGCAAGCACAUGCAACACGGAUGCAAGCACAGAUGCAAGAGCGCAAUGCAUUAAUCGAGAUAAGAUUGGGGAAAUUCGAAACAAGAUUACCAGCACCCCAGCCUCUUGCGCAUGAAGAAUUGACAAACCAUAACCCUAAUGUUUAGAGGGUUAGGAGGGAAGAAGAACGAGAGGAAAAGAGGGUUGUUCAGCAACCCAUGAUCGAGCAAAUCAGGCGCCAUCUCCGUUAGGGGGUGCCACGAGCAAGGAGAUGUCAGCCUCAGACACAUGACGAGGAAGGAAAGUACGAAGAUUAUGAAGCCUACCCACGAGAAUUUGAGAAGAAUUGAAGAACAUAAAGGUCACCUUUCCAUCAUUGAGAGGCACCAUCAAUCGCGAAUCUUAUCUCUAUUGGGAAACAAAGAUGGAGAUGAUCUUUGAUUGCCUCAACUACUCCGAAAAGAAGAAAGUUCAAGUGGCAACACGAGAAUUCUCGGAUUAUGCCAUGGUGUGGUGGGAACAAAUUUGUACGAGAAGAAAGAGGAAUCGAAAGCACCCUAUUGAGACGUGGGAAGGGAGGAGGGGAAUUAUAUGGAACAAGUUUGUUCCUAGCUACCAUUGUAGGGAGAUGGAUCAAGCCCUACAACUUCUAGGACAAGGUACCAAGAGCGUAGAAGAUUAAUACAAAGAGAUGGAGAUGCUAUUGAUUAGAGAAGAUCUAGAGGAGGAUUGUGAAGCCACCAUUGCUCGAUUCCUACAGGGCCUCAGUCGAUUAAUCAUAAACUUGGUGGAAAUUCAACCAUUUGUGGAGUUGUACGAUUUGGUUGCAAUGGCAGCAAAGUUGAGAGGCCAUAAUGAAGCAACCUUGAAAGAAGGUUCGUAUCUUCCUCAAGUGCACCAAGGUCAUGAGUUCCUUCUACUUCAAACUCUAUGCCAGCCAUAUCAAAACUAGAAUCACCAAAGUCGACGACAAAGGUUGUAGCACCAAGUGAAAGACCCACAGGUUCUAGUGGAGGCAUUCAAUGCUUCAAAUGUCGUGGGAGAGGACAUCUGACCUAGAAAUUCCUCAACAAACGAGCUCUAGUCAUGUUGGAGAAUGGAGAAUAUGUUUUGGAAUCUCAAGAUGAGAAAUCGACGGAGUUGGGGCAGAGAAGGUGGAAGCAGGGUAAGAGUUUGAUCGGGAGUAGAAGUAGGCGAACUGAAUCAACCCGAAUAUCACACUUAAAUCUCACCUAAGGCCCAAGUAUAAACCUUAAAUGGGUGCAAUAUAGGGCAAGUAUGUUUAAAUAUCAACCCAGGCCGGCCCAUGUACCCCUACUUUGAUUGUUUUAAACAUCAUCUAGCGGAAUGUUGUUUGUGAAUAUCUCUACAAUCUACGAUUAAGAAGUAAGACUUGAAAACAAAAAGGGUUGAAACUCUUGUUGAGAAACUUCACUCAGGAGUUGUUUCCCACUAACUAACUACCAUGAACCGUGGGAUCGAAUGAAUCGGUGUGCGACAAGGCGAUUGUGAACCGCUAGGAGGAGCAACAGUGGUUAGAAACCACACUCUCAAUUGCUAGGCCAAGGAAUGCAUUAUAGGCUACAAUUGUAGCCCUCUUGGCCCAAGAAAUUGAGUGUUGACUUACCUUCUCCCUCAAACCGGGGUUUGGACGGCUUAAUUACAAUCAUCCUAGGCGUUCAAUUUGAGUUUGGAGGUUUGCCCUACAUUAACCUAGUUAGGAGGCAUGGAAUGCCCAAGAAAACCCAGCUCUCCCUCUAAGCUAGGUUAGAAUAGCACAAUAGAUUGUCAAGCACCCACAAUGCACAAUCACCAUGAAAAAUACCACAAACCUUAAAUUAAACACCACCCACACACAAUCAUUCAAUUCACACAAUCAACUACAUGGUAGAAGUUAGGGUUCUACAACACCCAAGUGAAAAGGAGACUACUCCAUGCUAGAAAUAGGAAGAACACAAAGGAAAAAGGAAAAACUAUCAUUGUGAUGCCUCAAUCCCUCCUUGUGAUUGUAGAGAUCCUCUCUUGAAGAGGAACUUCCUAAAUAUUGACUUGGAGCAAACCCUAGCCUCUUCUGCCUCUUGGUUUGUGGCUUUCUCUCUAGGUUUUCAAGAAGAAGAAGGUUUCUCUCACAUUGGGCUCUCCCUUCUUCCUCUUUUCUGCUAUGCUUUUAUACACUGGUCGCGCUUAGUUCACGGCCGUGAACAUCUGGCCGGGACCGUGAACAUAGUCUAAAACGCACCGCUUCAAUUAUUGAGUUCCCGGUCCAUGGCUUCAGUUCACGGUCUUAUGACCGUGAACUGACUUGGUGUCAGUAACCACUGGAAACUCUCUAGACCCUGUUCAGUUUGCUGUUUGUGGCUCCAUUUAACGGUCCUAAUGACCGUGAACUCAUUCCUUGGACCGUGAACUACGGCUUCUUCCUCCUCGUUGCCCGAUCCUCGCGCCUUUUCUUCCAACUGUCUACUCCGGGGUUGGUUCCACCUGUUAGACUCUGAAACACAUUGAAACCAGCAAACCUAGUAUAAAACUACCCUUUUUGG